CCCAAGGAGGAGGAGCUGCGGGCGGCGGUGGAGGUCCUGCGGGGCUGCGGCCUGCACUCGGUGCUCGAGGAGUGGUUCCUGGAGGUGCUGCAGAGCGACCUGCAGGCCAGCAUCGCGCCGGAGUUCUGGAACGCGCUCUCCCAGCGCGAGAACCGCGCCGACGAGCCCCAGAGCCUGCUGCUGCUGCUCGACGCCUUCGGCCUGCUGGAGAGCCGCCUGGACCCCUACCUGCGCAGUCUGGAGCUCCUGGAGAAGUGGACGCGCCUGGGCCUGCUGCUGGGCACCGGCGCCCAGGGGCUGCGGGAGAAGGUCCACACCACUUUGCGGGGCGUCCUGUUCUUCUCCACCCCCAGAAGCUUCCAGGAGCUGAUCCAGCGGCUGUACGGGCGCUUCCUGAGGGUCUACAUGCAGAGCAAGAGGAAGGGCGAGGGCGGCACGGACCCCGAGCUGGAGGGGGAGCUGGACAGCAGGUACGCGCGGCGCCGCUACUACCGGCUCCUGCAGAGCCCGCUGUGCGCCGGCUGCGGCAGCGACAAGCAGCAGUGCUGGUGCCGCCUGGCCCUGGAGCAGUUCCAGCAGCUCAGCCUGACCCUGUGA